AUGACCACUACACUCACUGUUCAGGAGGGGGCAAGUGAUCUGGCAUUCCUUUCCAAGAACCAUUACAACCUCCAGGUCGCAAAAGCUGUAUCUGCACCGGGGGGUAAGCCCAUGUUCAACGUGGUCUACAAGUCGACGAGCCUCGCACCAAACAUGGAAGUUUCAUGGACUCCCGAGUACGGCCUCAACUGGACCACACAGAUGGCAGAUCCUGGUGCCAAAGUCAUCUACACCGGAAAUUGGCAAGCCUGCAAGCUUGGCGAAUCCUACAAUUUGACCAAUGUUGGCGAAUGGGUCAUCAACAAUAAAGACCCCAACAAGGACGCGAAUUCUGUGAAUGUGGGAAGCAAUGGCUACCCCCAAGCGGUUAAUAUCGUCGUGGGAAUCUGGAACCAAGACACGCAGAGUUGGCAAGCGUCAUACCCGACACUCAUGCCUCAAAAUCACCUACCAUUAUCACCUGGCUCCUCUUGGGACUCCGCGAUAACGAUCACAUCCUCGCCGAGCAGUGUGAGCAGCUGCGACGACAUUGACGACGAUGAAUGGAACAUGUUCGGUGACACCGACGAUGGUCCCUUGAAAUCUAGUUUCGAAAAUUCUGACAAGGAUUUGGGCAUUGCGACCACCUCCACUGUACAACCAAUGGCUGGGCAGGAAGUACUCGAGAGGGCUCCCGUACCCACGCCUUGGACAGCGACCGCCUUCAUGCUCUCUUUUCUGAGUAUGACAAGCUUAUCAAUAGCCAGGAGGCACCGCGUGAACGCCAUGGCUCACCAGUUAAGAAACCCGGCUAUUAAGCUAUCUCACGCCCCCUUAUGA